GCCUCCCGCCCACCAAGCCAUCUAGUAAGUAUCCGCCCAAUUAUCUUCGAUUCCUUCACCCGGCUGGUAAUUCAGUCCGGUCCUCUUUUGGGAUCGAAACCGUGAAUCCACCGGGGGCCACUCGGGACCGGCCCAUCUGCUGCCGGUACGGCGGCAGUCCCGCACGGACCGGAGCAGUGCCAUUUGGCCCCACUUCCCCAGAUUCAGAAAUGAAGACGGGAAUGACAAAUUUCAAAAGUUGAAGUUCGCUUCCUCGGUGUCCAACACCACCAACCACUCUUGGUCGAUUUUGAGAAUUUGUACAUAGGAAGAACAGGGUCAUAAUAAUACGUCAAAAUGGUUCACGCCGACGCUUCCAACUUUGCUGCCAACGUCACCAAGGAAGAGGCCUACCAGCAGGUUCUCGACCAAGCUGAAGGUCUGUUCUAUGAGCAGAGGAACUGGGUUUGCAAUUUGUCCAACUGCGCUGCCCUUCUCUGGCACGCUUUCAAGUCUCUUCCGGCUCCGAGCAACCAGGUCAACUGGGCUGGCUUCUACACCCUCAACCACCCCUCCACCACCGAACUCAUUCUAGGCCCUUUUCAAGGCAAAGUAGCUUGCCAAACCAUCGCCUUCGGCAGGGGCGUAUGCGGUGCCGCAGCCGCCACCAAGACCACUCAGCUCGUUCCCGACGUCGACGCCUUUCCCGGCCACAUCGCCUGCGACGGCGACAGCAAGAGCGAGAUUGUGGUUCCUAUUGUUGUGGACGAUAGGGUGGUGGCCAUCAUCGAUGUGGACUGUGCGGAGCUGAACGGGUUCGAUGAGGUCGAUAAGGUGUGGUUGGAGAAGUUGGCGGAUUUGGUGGGCAGGAGCUGUGACUGGCCUUGAGUUUUGAAAGAAAGCUUGCGCAAUGGGGAGUAAGGGGAGAUUGGUCCAUGGUGGGCGGGGGCGGAAUGAGGGUGAGAAGACUUGUUGGGGUUUAAAGGGGUGGAGGAUAGAAUGGGGGUUAUGGGCUAGUGAUGCGAUAUAUUGUAGAGACAUAGAUGGGGAACAGAAAUCAGUUUUCUUCGUGUUGG